UAAUGCAAGCAGGAUAAUAAAUCAAUUAAGAGUAUGUAAGGAAUCUGAAGGAAAUAACAAAAGAGUAAUUUAUAGUUUUAUUGAAUAGAUUUUUGUGCCCUAUAUCUGCAAACAUAUAUAAUAUCUAAUUCUUAAAGUUUAGAAUCAGAGAUAUGGAAUCUGGAUAGGUGUUAUUUGAAGUAGAGAGAGAUCCAAAUGAAGAAUCAAUUGGUAAUUUUGGAUUUAAUUUGAUCAGAGAAUCUACCAUUAGCACUUUAAGAUGAAGCCAGAAGAAUAAAGUAUCAUUUUGGUCCUCAAUUUUUUGAAUUAAAAACAAUUGGAGCUUAAUUAACAUUUUCUGUAGGUGAUAAGGUUGUCAAAAACUUUACAAUAAUUGAAAGACAUUAUUUUAGGAAUAUCUUAUUGAGAAGCUAUGAAUUUCAAUUUCCAUUUUGCAUUCCAAAUUCAACAAAUACAUGGGAACAUAUUUAUACAAUUCCAGAUAUAGAUGAAGAUGUUGUAAGGAUGUUAAUUUAUUAAAGAAAUAAUUAAUGAUAGAUAAUCCUUAUGAUACUAAAUCCGAUAGUUUUUAUUUUGUUGGCGAUACUUUGAUUAUGCAUAAUAAAGCUGAAUAUGAUUACUCUCCAAUAAAUGAAUGAGUU